UGGAGAUGCUCUUACCUCCGCGAGGGCACCUACAGCGUCGUCUACAAGGGCCGUCACCGCGCCACAGGUCAAACAGUCGCGAUCAAGUUCCUCGGCUCGUCGCCGGACCGCGCCGACGAGCCCGCCGACCCGCGCGAACUGCUGAGGGAGGCCCGCUUCCUCGAGGCGUGCAGCGGCAACCCUCACGUCGUCGGCUUCCACUGCACCGUGCGGGAUCCCGACACCGGCGAAGCCGGCCUCGUCAUUUGUUCGUCGGGCAGAGCCUCAGCCGCUUCCUGCACGAGAAACGCGGCGCGCCGCUCCCGGAGGCCACCGACCACCGUGCACGCCUUCAUGCGGCAGCUCCUAACGGGCGCCAAGGGGAUGCAGGAGUCCCGCAUUGUCCACCGCGACAUCAAGCCCGGCAACGUCCUUGUCCUGGAAGGCGGGGAAGUCCUGAAGAUCUGCGACUUCGGACUGGCCAUGUCGGAAACCGAGCAGCCGCCGCGCAAGCAGGCCGGCACGAAGCUGUACCGCACGCCGGAGAUGCUCAUGGGGAAGCCGGACUACGACGCGCUCACGGACGCGUGGUCGCUGGUCGCUUCAUGGCGGAGCUCGUCAGCGGCGACAUACUGCUGCGGCGCGUGCCACUGCCCCGAGGAGUUCGCCUAUCUCUGGACUAUCUUCGGGGUGCUGGGAACGCCGAACGACGCAACAUGGCCGGGGUUCACCUCCCUGCCGUUCGCUUCCACGAUGCCGCCGCUGAAACUGGAGCAGCGCAGCCGGCUGCGCAAGCUGAUCCCGGAGGACAGAUGCUGUCCGGGGAAGGAUAUGAGGUCAUGAAGGGCCUUCUCGCAUG